AUGUUGGACUACAUGACGAGCCGCCGCGUGUACGUCGGACAUGUGCCAGCAUGGCUCUUGGCGGAGAAGAAGGCGCAGGACUUCUUCGCCAAGUAUGGGCAAGUGACCGCUUUGGACAUCCACCGAGACCCCCGCGAUACCCAGGCGACGGGUUUCUGCUACGUUACCUUUGCCACCGUGGAGGAAGCAACGCUUGCAGAAACGCAGAUGCAGCAAGAGUACGCAGCCAAGGAAUCGCAAAUGGUGGCGCGCAUCGCCUUUGCACGAGGACUUCCUCAUGUGGAGAAGGAAGUCCCGACGAACCUUACGGACAAGCUCGUCCAUGUGUCGCAGAAGCAUCCGUCCCAGAGCCAAACCAACUACAACGAAGACGACGACGACGACCUCUUGUUCUUCAGCCAGUUGUCCCAGCGAUCGAGUCAACAUGUCGGGAGCAGGCGGUCGCACAGCGAGCAUUAG